AUGGCCAAAGCAUCGUACGGGUUUUUGAGCAAGACCGGCGAGGUCGACGAUUCGGGGGCGGUAUUGUCGUCAGAACCGGUACUGGAAUUUGUCAGAGAGGCUCUGAGAAUGUCAAUGAGCCUCUGUGGAUUCAACGGAUCAGACAUGACAUCUAACGGCAACGGCUCGUAUCGAUUGAGAGUGCAGCCCGAUCUCAAUGACGUCGUUUGCGAUCGAUGCGCACUGAGAGGCUCGACCGCGAAAGAAAAAGCUGUACUCCGCCAACUGCUAUUGACUGACCACCAAGAACAACCGGUCGUUCGAAGCAGCAGCACCGGCGUUACAUCCAUCGUUACCCCUCCGGAAACACCGCUUGCUGCUACCAUCAAAACAUUGCAGAACAAUUUCGAGCAAUCAAGGAAGUUUCAUGACGUGUCCUUGCCGAAGGCGCCGUCUAUUGCGCCUCAGAAGCUGAAGGGCAAGGAGAACGAAAUAACCGAGGCGGAAGGGGAUCGGGAAGCAAGCCCAGAUGAAGAGAAGAUAGUCGAGAAAGUCGAGGAUGAAAUGGAGGAGGACGCGAAUUCUAUCGCUGCCGAAGAGGGCGUGCCGCUCAGCAAGGCGAAGCAGAAGGCCAAGGAGAAGCGGGAUGAGGCUGUUAAAGAGGCGCUCGCAAGACCCGCACCUGUCGACAAAGACUAUGUACCCAUCCCGUGGAAGGGACGCCUGGGAUACGCUUGCUUGAACACCAUCCUCCGCGAACUCCCAACACCUAUCUUUUGCUCACGUACCUGCCGCCAAGCCACACUGGAGAAGGAGGGUAUGGAGUUUGUUCGUGCUCUUGGCAAGCAAAAUGCUGCAGAUUUGUCCAAGAUGAUCGAAUGGAAUGAGCGCUUCGGCAUCCGCUUCCUUCGUGUGUCUAGCGAGAUGUUUCCGUUUGCAUCGCAUGAAAAGUUUGGGUACACCCUGGAAUUCGCCGACGAGGAAUUGACAGCUGCGGGAGCUUUGGCAAUGAAGUAUGGUCAUCGUUUGACGACGCAUCCAGGGCAGUUUACCCAAAUUGCUUCGCCGAGAGAACAGGUCGUCGAUAAUGCCUUUCGCGACCUGAUUAUGCACGAUGAGCUACUUACCAGGCUUGGAAUGACCGGUCAAGCAGACAGGGAUGCAGUUAUGAUCAUACAUCUGGGCGGAACCUAUGGCGACAAACCAGCAACACUUGACCGCUUCCGUGCCAACUACGCCCGUCUUCCGGAAAGCGUGAAGAGGAGACUUGUACUUGAAAACGAUGACGUGUGCUGGUCUGUAACCGACCUCUUACCGCUCUGCAAAGAGCUGGGCGUGCCCUUGGUCCUCGAUUGGCAUCAUCACAAUAUCGUGCACGGCGAUAUUCGUGAAGGGUCACUUGAUCCUUACAACCUCCUACCGGAGAUAAAUGCUCUAUGGGAAGCCAAAGGAAUCACUCCAAAGCAGCAUUACUCGGAGUCUAGACCAGGCGCAAUCAUGCCCAUGGAACGUCGCGGCCACUCAAAACGCGUGAGAAAUCUCCCGCCAUGCCCAGACACCACGGAUCUUAUGAUCGAAGCAAAGGACAAAGAGCAGGCAGUUUUCGAAUUGGCAAGAGUGUUGAACCUUGACAAUCCUAAAUGCCCUCCUCAAAUCGCUGAGAGGCCUAUGGACGAAUUUCAUGAAGGCGGAUGGAAGGUCAAAGAACCUGAGUUGGACGACGAUGGUAAGCCAAUACCGCCGAAAAAGAAGGUUGCGCGGGCCAAGAAAGGAAAGGCGGCCGAGGCAGCAGCUGAACACACGUCAAUGGACGAGAACGCAAUGGAGGAACAGGAAAAGAAGGCCGCAGGGGAGAACAAGGAUAGUGCGCCAAGCAAGAAGAAACGAAAGACAACAAAGAAGGCCGUUGUAAAGGAGGCGACGCCGGAGGAAACUGACGAUCAUGAGUCUGACUCGAAUGACCAUGUCCCUCCCACAACUGGCUCAAAGAGAACGAGCGGAAGAGCAAGGAAAGCCGUAGUAUCCUACCAAGAAGCAGAACCUGGCAUGACAACGGAUGAAGAGCAUGGCGUAUAG